AGCUAGUUUCUAGCUCGACGAGCUGCUGGCUGUGGAGAUGAACUUCUCCCUAUUUCUUUCCCGCUGCCUUUCAGUUCUUCAUUUCACAACACUGUCUGCUGACAUCGAGGUGUAAACAUAUAGUAUGUUGUGUUGUCAAUAACUGUGUUUUAUUUGUUGUGGAGCACCAUGUUGUCAUCGGUGUAAAUCUGAUGUUUUGGCUUUCAGAUGAUCAGUAACACUGUUUACACGAGCCCUGCCUGUCGAUCCGGAUCAUACAUGCUGUAACCUUAGCUCUAAUCUGCACUUCACAUCUCUCUGUUGCUGUUUAGUGAGGAAUAAUGACCGGUGCAAUAACAGCAUCACUCUGUUCCCCCUCAGUGCUUAUCACUCUUAAUGAACAGCAGUGAGUGGUGUCAUGUUUGAGUGAGAAACCUCAAAACCCACUCCUGAAUUUAGAACCCACAUGGUCACAUUCUGAAGUGGACUCUGUGCUUGGCCAGGUUCUGUCAUGUUUACCUAACCUUUGAUCAAGUGUCACGUGCUUGUAAUGAUAUUUGUAAGUGUUGCACUGUUUUCUAGAACGUUUGUGUUCAGUCAUGAUAACAUCAAUUUCUCUACAUGGUUGCUGUUUCUUAACCUCACUGAACAGGCUGUGGAUCCGGUUCAUGCUGCGGUCCAACCUGGGCUGAGCCUGUCAGGAGGACAGUUUGUCUUUGUCCUUCACAGCCAGGGUUGAAUUCAGGGGUCUUCCAGAUUUGGAUUAGAAGGUUUUCAGAACCGCAGUGUUCUCUAGGUGUCAGUUUCUGGGAUGUCCAGGGCAGGUGGCCUUGGGGGGCUCAGCCCCAAAACACAGACCACCAGAACAGAUAAUUCCACGUCUUAAAGACUACACAAGCCUCUAAAGAUGGACACAUCCACAUGUAGAGACUCCCGCACAGCUGCAUGAAAGAGAGGCCAGACGUCACCUCUGCUGGAAUCACUUUUUAUUGAACCAACGUCUUGUUCUCCCUCUACAGCCCCCCAAUAUUGACAUUCCAUCAAAGGAAUAAUAAUCCAUUCAUGUAUUUAGCACUACAGAUCUACAAGUGGAGAGCAGGUAAUGGAUGAUGACUCAGUGUAAAUGGCUAUUCCUCAGCACAGAUCAGUGCUAGUCUCUACUGCUCAAUCUUCCCCCUCCUCUCCCCCUUACUCCACCUCUCUGCUCUCCUUUCCUGUACACCGCUGCUGCUUGUUGUCCAGUCCUGCCCCCCCCCUCCAACACCAUGGUAGGUGCAGGCUUGGGUGUUUGGAAGCUAAUGCGAGGUGUCCGCCAGCUGGAGCUUCACCGCCUUAUCCUGGCACUUAUCAUCUUCUGCUUACUGUCCAUGGCCUUCCUAGCUUACUAUGUCUCCAACAGCCCAAAAAUCAAGGAGGCACCCCCUUUACCCUUUAGUGACUGUGGUGGAGGAGGAGGGAUUUCACCGGGUGUGAGUACUGGGGACGCUGGAGGGGGGCCAGGUAUCCAGAGGGCCCCGCUUUUUCUUCCACAGCGCCAGGGUCGACUACGACAGGUAAAGGCGGUGGACAUUUCCAGGACAGACGCCGUGGUUCUGGUGUUUGUAGAGAGCAUCUACUCCCAGCUGGGCCAGGAGAUUGUAGCAAUAUUAGAGUCUAGCCGCUUCCACUACCGGACAGAGAUUGCUCCUGGUAAAGGAGACAUGCCCACAUUGACAGAGCAUAACCGUGGACGUUACACACUGAUCAUCUAUGAAAAUGUUUUGAAAUAUGUCAAUCUGGAUGCUUGGAACCGUGACUUGCUGGACAAGUACUGCGCUGAGUAUGGAGUAGGAGUCAUUGGCUUUUUCAAAGCUAAUGAAAACUCUCUUCUCAGUGCACAGCUCAAAGGCUUCCCCCUCUUUCUUCACUCACACCUGGGUCUCAGGGACUACCGCAUAAACCCCAAUGCCCCUCUACUCUUCAUCACCAAGCCCAACCAGGUGGAGCAAGGCCCUUUACCAGGGGACGACUGGACCAUUUUCCAGUCCAACCACUCUACCUAUGAACCAGUGCUUCUGGCCAGCACCAAGUCCUCCGAGGCACUGGCCCAUUUUGGUCCUGGCCCCCUGCGGGCGCUCCACGCCACAGUGGUCCAAGACUUGGGGCUCCACGAUGGCAUUCAAAGAGUUCUCUUUGGAAACAAUCUUAACUACUGGCUUCACAAGCUGGUGUUUGUAGACUCCAUUGCCUACCUGACGGGGAAGAGACUGUGUUUGUCCUUGGACCGCCACAUGCUGGUGGACGUGGAUGAUAUAUUCGUUGGCAAGGAGGGAACCCGCAUGAAGGUGUCAGACGUGGAGGCACUGCUCAACACUCAAAACAAGCUGAGAGCACUGGUCCCUAAUUUCACCUUCAAUUUGGGCUUUUCUGGAAAGUUCUAUCACACAGGUACUGAUGUAGAGGAUCGUGGAGAUGACAUGCUGCUGCAACACAGGAUGGACUUCUGGUGGUUUCCUCACAUGUGGAGCCACAUGCAGCCGCACCUCUUUCACAACGUCAGCGUCCUGGCUGAGCAGAUGAGGCUCAACAAGAUCUUUGCUCAGGAGCAUGGGAUCCCCACAGAUAUGGGCUAUGCAGUGGCUCCGCACCACUCUGGGGUUUACCCAGUUCACAGCCAGCUCUAUGAGGCCUGGAAGUCUGUGUGGAGCAUCAAGGUGACCAGCACUGAGGAGUACCCUCACCUGAGGCCAGCCCGGUACCGCCGCGGGUUCAUCCACAAUGGCAUCCAGGUGCUGCCCAGGCAGACCUGUGGGCUGUUCACCCAUACCAUCUUCUACAACGAAUACCCAGGAGGCUCCAAGGAGCUGGACAAGAGCAUCAGAGGAGGAGAGCUCUUCCUCACCGUCCUCCUCAACCCUAUCAGCAUCUUCAUGACCCACCUGUCCAACUACGGCAAUGACCGGCUGGGUCUCUACACCUUUGAGUCUCUUGUGAAGUUUGUCCAGUGUUGGACCAACCUCCGGCUGCAGACGCUGCCCCCCGUCCACCUGGCCGAGAAAUACUUCCAGAUCUUCCCCGAGGAGAGAGACCCUCUCUGGCAGAACCCUUGUCAUGAUAAGAGACACAAAGAUAUCUGGUCUAAAGAAAAGACUUGUGACCGACUGCCCAAGUUUCUCGUCAUUGGACCACAGAAAACAGGCACUACAGCGCUUCAUUCCUUCCUGAGCCUCCACCCAGCAGUCACCAGCUCCUUUCCCAGCCCCAACACCUUUGAGGAGAUCCAGUUCUUCAGUGGAGCAAACUAUGACAACGGGAUUGACUGGUACAUGGACUUCUUCCCAUUCCCUUCCAAUGUCAGCACAGAUUUCAUGUUUGAAAAGAGUGCCAACUACUUUGACACAGAGGCGGCUCCUAAGAGAGCUGCUGCGCUGCUUCCCAGAGCCAAGAUCCUGGCUGUGCUCAUCAACCCAGCAGACAGGGCCUACUCCUGGUACCAGCACCAGAGGGCCCACCAGGACCCUGCAGCCCUCAACAACACUUUCCAUGCAGUAGUGACGGGCGGCCCCUCGCCCCCCAGAGACCUUCUGGCCCUUCAGAGACGCUGCCUUCACCCCGGAGCCUACGCUCCUCACCUGGAGCGCUGGCUGCAGCACUACCAGCCCACACAGCUGCACAUCGUGGACGGAGCUCUGCUGCGCUCCAACCCUGCACUUGUGAUGGAGGGAAUCCAGAGAUUCCUCGGGGUCACUCCCAUCUUCAACUACACCCAGGCUCUAAUGUACGAUGACAGCAAAGGUUUCUGGUGUCAGCGUGAGGGAGGUCGAGCCAAAUGUCUGGGGAAGAGUAAAGGCAGGAAGUACCCGGAGAUGAGUCCUGAGUCCCGUACCUUCCUGACUGAAUACUACCGCGAGCACAACAUGGAGCUGCUGCGUCUGCUGAAUCGGUUGGGCCACCCGCUGCCGUCCUGGCUUCGCCAAGAACUCCAGAGCACGAGCUGGAGCUGAGGCCAGCUCUCACACACAAACACACACACACAUACAGACACACACACAGACAGGAAGGCUGGGACUGGUGUCUGGACAAACCCAACACUCGGCUCUGAUGAAACUGGAGUCCCUGAUCUGGAAUCAGCAGAAGUUCAGUGUGAAGGUUUCUGCUGUUCACCGGAGAGGAGACAGUUCAGAUUGUGGCUCUGCAGAGGACCCCAGAGGACAGCUUUAGUGGCACUGGGUCCUCAGUGUGUGUGUGUGUCUGAGUGUCUGACAGGCUGACACUGAACAUCAGGGUGUUGUGGAUCCACAGAACUAUAAGGACAGGUCAGCCUUAAUGUGAGUCUUAUUGUGUAUGACCCGUUACAGACACACACACAUCUACCUGCAGGUUCCUGUCCUCUGCACACAUUUAAAGUGGGUGAAGCUGUGUGAUGACAGGUGGAUGUAAAUACCAUGUGAUGGAUGUUCUGCAGGCUCCGCCCACACUGUCAGCCAGCAGCUGUCUCACUGUCCUCUCACUGAGCUAAAGGUCCUGACUGAUGGUGGACUGCUCUCUCUGUCGGCUAAAGUCUCCAUUUAAUCUCCAGGUUUUUUUAUGUAAGAUUGAUUAAAUAUGAGCUGUUAACCUAAUUAGCAUAGAUGAUGAAGAGUGUAUAUAUACUUGUGGCACAGUGGGUUGAGCGUUGGUGAUCAGAUCAGGGGGUCACAGGUUCAAACCCCACUGCAGGCAGCAUGUCGUUGUGUCCCUGAGACACUUCACCUCAAAGUGCUCCUGUGGGGAUUGCCCUCAGUAUUGAGUAUGUAAGUCGCUUUGGAUAAAAGCGUCUAACAAGUGACAUGUCAUGAAAUAUAUGGGGACCAUGCAGCAAGCUGCUGAGCAAAGGUUGUGUUGCACCACCACAUUUUUACUUAUUUAAUCUGAGUGAUUCUGAAUAAAGUUUCAAACCUCUGGAGCAGAACCCUCAGCUGCUGUGAUGUCAUAUCGUUAAGGAAUGAUUGGCCUGCUUGGGAACCAGUGUCCAUGGAAACAGUUUGCAGUGUUGUCUCAUUUCUGAGCUGGAGGCUUCACCUUCUCCACAGCAGUUGAGGCUCAUGGGUAAUGUCAGGACGAGACUGGUUGUUCACCAUUACUAUUAAAUGAAAAUCAUGAACAACAGCAAAAUUACGAAUGACAUUUUCCAAAGAGACAAAAGUUAUAUGGAACAGGUAAAUUCAAAAUAUACUGUAAGCAAGGCUAUAUAUUGUAAUGUUUUCAACUUUAUUGUUUAUAAAAGUAUAAAUAACGCCACCAUAAACCUAAAGGCUGAAUUUAAAAUAUUCAAACAUGCACUCAGAACAGUGGGGGGUGCACUCUGAGCCCCUGUCACCCCGCUCUGCAUGGUGACCUGUCAUUCAAAACUGAUGGAGAUUUUCUGAGAAUCAAUGCAUUAUGGCAAAACAUGUUCAUACAGCCAUAGUAAAAUAUUCCAGUGUGACUCUUGUUUUGUGUUAAUAGUCAGCUAAAGUGGAGAUAACCCAUGAUGCACCUGUUUCCACACACACAAGACUAACAUGAAGUUAACCGACAUGGACCAGUGUGGCUCCAGUAACACAGUGCUCCACAGUGAGAGGGCUGAGAGAACAGAAAGAAGCCUUCACUAGUCAAUCGUCUUCUAAAAACCUACACAGACUGCUAAACACACACUCACCCCUCACAAACACUCACAGUCUUGUCUCCAUCAGAGGACAGUAGGGCAGGAUGUCAGUGUGUGGAGACGACCAGAAGCUGCUGUCUAGUUUUCUGUUUGUUUUGUAUAAAUGUCAGAAAGGCCAACACUGUAUCAUCUCUAAUAAACAGAGAGGUUGGAAAUGAUG